AUGUCGAGACCCAGCACCGUCAACCCAGUGGAAUACACGUACGGGGCGCCCAACACAGGCUCGACGGCGCACUCGAUACCGUACCCGGAACCUAUCUCAGCAGUGAGACACCACAUCGCGGGGAUCCUGGUGACGGUGUUUGGACUUAAUGAGCUACCACCGGGGACGAGCGACAUUGCAGUUCUAUGGCUUCUUCACCCACGUCUCCAGACACAGGCAUGCAUGGCCCCCUUUGCAGCGCACCUGAUCAGUGAAUGGAACAAGCACCGAUCGUCAGUCAACAACAGCAACUCCAAAAAAGGCUUGAUCGCCGUCUCCUUCGACCAGCGCAACCACGGCAGCCGCAAGGUCAGCGACAUGGCCAACGAGGCGUGGCGCACGGGCAACGAACACCACGCCCCCGACAUGUUCAGCUGCUACGCCGGCACAGCGGUCGACACGUCGGUGCUGCUUGACUACCUGCCAGGCUAUAUCUUUCCGGAGCCGUCGGACCCGCGCCGGAUCGUGCAGAAUCUGGUGCUGGGAGUCAGUCUCGGCGGCCACGCGGCAUGGCACUGUGUGAUGCAGGACCCGCGCAUCAGCGCCGCCAUCGUCACCAUCGGAUGUCCCGACUAUGCCCGUCUGAUGAGCGACCGUGCUCGCCUGAGCAAGCGGAAGUCCUGGCUCGACGGCCAGGGCUCCAAUUUCUUUGGGUCGGCGGAUUUCCCGCCCUCGCUGGUCGAGGCGGUUCAGAAAUACGAUCCCGCCGGCCUACUUUGGUCGACUUUGAAAAGUGCUACUGGGACAGAUAGGAGACCGUAUCAGGAACACUUGUACGACGGCGACCAGAUGACGGCUGAAGAGAAACAAAAACUCAUGCCCCUGAUGGUCAGGUGUUUUGGAAACAAACGCGUUUUAAACCUCGCCGGUGGCAGCGACAAGUUGGUCAAUUACUCUCACAGCAAGCCCUUUUUGGAUUGGUUGAAGAAGGCUAUUGGCAGAAACGGCUGGUUCGAGGGCGGUGGCUUGUAUUUGGAGGAUAUUGUCUACCCUGGUGUCGGACAUGACGUGCCGCCAGAAAUGGUUACCGCCAUGGUCAAAUUUGUCAACGACACAUUGCAGAAUGAGCAGGUUGUCACUCAUGCAAAACUGGGUAGUAAGAUGUGA